AACGCUUCGCCAUGGCGGCAAUCAUAUCGAGGUCGACGACAUCUCCGUCGGUAUCGGCUUGGUCGGUUCGGCGUCUACCAUACUUACUUUAGUUAAGUCGACGAAAGAUAGCGAUCCCCCGACCGUGCGAUUUACCAAUACGCAAGAUCUCUUUGACGUUAUUAAUUCCACUAUUGGGGAUUUCCUUGCCGUUACAACGAGACAUUGAGCGAAGGACUGGGCAAAAGAAACGAUACCGAAAGUUCCGUUUUCGCCGCUACAAUGCUAAUUCCCAGAUUUUGAUCAUCACAAUCCUAACCGAUCUACACGAGGCCCUUCACCUGGAACUUUAUAUGCAGUAUCGUGACCAGCUUGUCCGGAAUGGCACGGAGCAAAGCUGGAAAAAUAUUGGGUCAGCUACAUUUCGAGCAGAACAAGGUCAUCCUGGAGGAGAUAGCGGAGAAGGCGAUUCGACAGGCGGCCCACGGCCGGAACGUAUAGGAGCAGGUAAUUGGCCAACACUAGUUAUUGAGCCUGGACAUUCCGAAACAUUACCCGAGCUUCACAAGGAUAUGCGGUGGUGGUUUCAGGCAUCAAACCACGAGGUCAAGAUUGUCAUUCUGGUGAAAUUUGACGACCGGCAACACCACAUUUUGCUAGAGAAAUGGGAGGAAGAAAUCUCGACUCUACAAGGAGCGAUCACGCGGAUGAAACGGCAGUCAAUCACCAUCACCCGCGAUGAGACAACAAAUCCAGUAUCGUACAAUGUUACUAGGGGGGCAUUAGCACUAGGAUUUCGACUUCUUUUUCUUCGCGAUCCAGGCCCGCAAGAGGGAGAUUUUGUACUUAGCAUUCAGAACCUGCAGCUGUAUGCAGAGAAUGUCUGGGCUGAGCUGCCGAGAUCAGACUAGCCAAUCAGAAAUCAGUAUUGAUGACCCAACAUAUGGCCAAAAACGGCAGCCCCAA